GCGACUGAACUGAAUUGAACUGAGGCGAUGGGGAAUGAGGCGGUAGUCAGGUUCCACUUCCUGCCUCCAGGGGGCAACCGAGGCCACUGAGAGAUGGGGGCUAUUUCCUGUUCCAGAAUAUUCCAUCUCUAGAAGGGUCCGGCCCCUGAGUGGGACAAACCAUUAUGAUGGGGGGUUGAGAAUUUUGGUAUUUGAUUACAAGCGCUUCAUGUUCUUGGUUCUGAGUCUUUUCCGACCACUCCUAUUUCUUCCCACCUUCAAACACUUGCAAUACUGCAGGAGGUUCCCUUAUGUCUGGGGGAGGGGAGAAAAUCUUCUACACGCACCCCCCUCACCCUCGCAGUUUCUGGGAGUUGGAACAUUCCCGAGGUUUUUACCUCGAAGGGUAGGCCGGAGUUUUUCUUUCCUUGGUGCCUUCGAGGAGAGAGAGGUACCUUUUGGGUGUGGUAGACGGUUUUGUUUGGCCUGUACUCUCACUGGUCAGGAGGUGAGGUUUGGUGGGAGGCGUCCUGGGGCAGGGCAAAGGGUCUUUAGGAGGGUGUACCAUGUGGGGGGAAGCAAGCGGAGAAGAGGAGAUUCAUGGGGUGGGGGAGGGGAGGGGGACUGAUUCAUUCAUCCCCACAGAGCCAGCCAAGCCCCAAAGGCACUCAGUCGUCAUGGCCUUGAAAUCUGAGGACGUCAGUAGUGGGUUCCGGCAUGGCAAAGUGAUGGCUUUCAUCAACGAGAGGAUGUCCAGGCACGCGAAAGGCCCUGAGUUCUACCUUGAGAAUCUUUCUCUGUCCUGGGAGAAGGUGGAAGACAAGCUCAGGGCCAUCCUGGAGGACCGCCUGGUGCCCAGCCAGGCCAAAGAGGCCUGUGCCUGGAGCAGCCUGGCCCUGGGCGUGCGCUUCGCCUACAAGCAGAGCCAGUUACACAGGCACAGGGUGCAGUGGCUGCACGACUUCGCCGGACUGCACAGGUCGGCAGCUCAGGCGUUGGCCUCAGACCUGAUUGCUCGCGCACAGCAUGAGGUGGAACGCAAGGAGGCGGCCUUCCGGCUGCAGCUGACCCAGGCCAGCCUAGCGGAAGUGCAGAAAGAGCGGGACCUCCUGAAGUGGAAGAUCUUCAAGGCCGUGAGAUUACCGUCGCCUGCCCCGCGCCCCCCCGCCGCCCCGGCGCGC